UCCCCGUCCCUACGUCGUGAGUGUGGAAGAUGACGAAGGAAGAAGAUGAAUUUUUAACUAGAAGAUGGUCAGAAUCAGAUUCCUGUAUUACAAUCAAAGGCUACUAUAUUUUAACCACACAUGCGACGUCGUUUUAUUGCAGAUGCCGAGAAGUACCACCAUUGCUCGAUGCAGAGAUUAUGCAAUGUGUGUGAAUGUUGGUGGGGAUUCUCCCCAACCAGUAAAUACCAACCUCUUGCCAUGCGGGUGCUCUUCAAAGUCAGAAGCUGCUUCUUCUUCAGUAACUCGUCGGCGUCUUAUUCCACCCACUCCCACUACCUCCCUUAUGGACUCAUUACCUUCUCCGCCAAAAUCUCAACUUUGCAAUUUCUCCUUCAAUUCCACGCCAUUACCGUCACUACAGGUAACUCCAACAAUGUCUUCAUCGCAUCCAAGCUCAUAUCUCUCUACGAUUCCUUCAGCCAGCCCACUUGCUCCACCAUGGUGUUUCAAUCACUUCUUGAUUCCAAGGACGUCUUUCUUUGGAACUCCAUUAUCAAAAGCCAUUUUUCCCACGGCAGUUAUUCUCAAGCUCUUAGCUUCUACUCCCAAAUGCGAGAUUCCGCUGUUUUGCCUAACAGAUUCACUAUCCCCAUGGUUGUUUCUGCGUGCGCAGAGCUGAUGUUGCUAGAUUAUGGGAAGAACGUUCAUGGCUUGUCUUCCAAACUUGCUUUUGCUGAUGGGUCUGCAGUGGGUUCAUCUUUUGUGUCCUUGUAUUCCAGAUGUGGCCAAAUGAAUCACGCCUCUCACGUGUUUGUGGAAAUUCCUGUGAAAGAUGUGGUUGCUUGGACUUCGCUUGUGAUUGGGUAUGUGCAAAAUGAGGAGAGUGAGAAGGGGUUGAACUGUCUUUGUGAGAUGCAUAGGACUGGUGAAGUUGACGUGAAGCCCAACUUUAGAACAUUGGAGGGUGGAUUUCAAGCUUGUGGGAAUCUGGGUGCCCUUUCAGAAGGCAGAUGUUUACACGGUUUAGUAUUAAAAAAUGGAAUUGGAUGUUCACAAGUCAUACAAUCUUCAAUUUUGUCCAUGUAUUGUAAAUGUGGAACUCCCCAAGAAGCUUAUCAAUCCUUUUGUCAAUUAAUUAACAAAGACCUCCUGUCAUGGACAUCAAUCAUUAGUAAUUUUGCAAGGUUUGGGUUGAUGACUGAAUGUGUUAGGUUUUUUAGGGAAAUGCAAGAAAAACAAAUACGUCCUGAUAGAAUUGUCAUCCGCUGCAUCCUUCUGGGUUUCAGUAAUUCCUUGAGCAUAUCCGAAGCAAAAGCAUUUCAUGGGUUUAUCGUAAGGAGAUAUUUUGCAUCUGAUGAGGUAGUUCACAAUGCGUUAUUGUUUAUGUACUGCAAGUUUGGAAUGUUAAGUUUAGCUGAGAAUCUUUUCCACAGGGGUAAACAGAGCCUAGAAUGCUGGAACUCAAUGGUUAAUGGCUAUGGUAGAGUCGGUAGGAGUGUGAAGUGUAUUGAAAGUUUCAGGGAGAUGCAAUAUUCAGGUAUUCGUUCUGAAUCAAAUAGCUUAGUUUCUGCAGUUGCUUCUUGUACUCAGCUAGGGGCAACCAAAAUAGGAAGGUCAAUUCAUUGCUAUGUAGUAAAGAAUUUUAUGGAUGACAAUGUAUCGGUGGUCAAUUCACUCAUAGACAUGUAUGGAAAAUGUGGGAAGAUGGAUUUUGCUCGGACAUUAUUUGAUGGGAUGGAGAGGGAUGUUAUUUCAUGGAACACCCUGCUAUCAUCUCUUGUUCAAGCUGGGCAUCACCAAGAGGCUAUUAACCUAUUUAAUAAUAUGGUUGUAGAAGACCAAAAGCCAAAUACGGCCACCCUAGUUGUUAUUCUUUCAGCUUGUUCUCACCUUGCAUCUCUGGAGGAAGGAGCAAGAGUUCACCACUAUCUUAAUGAAAGAGGUUUCAAACUCAAUAUACCACUUGGCACAGCUUUGGUUGAUAUGUAUGCUAAGUGUGGGCAGCUAGAAAAGUCAAGACAAAUGUUUGACUCAAUGGAAGAGAAGGAUGCUGUUUGCUGGAAUGUGAUGAUUUCAGGUUAUGGAGUGAAUGGAUAUGCAGAAUCUGCUGUGGAUAUAUUUCAAAGAAUGGAAGAAGCAAAUGUUAAGCCCAAUGAAGUUACCUUCCUUGCUCUUCUCACAGCAUGUGCCCAUGCAGGGCUUGUUGAAGAAGGAAAGCACCUGUUCGCUAGGAUGCAGAGUUACUCUAUGAAACCCAAUCUGAAGCACUACACUUGUAUGGUAGAUCUUCUAGGGAGGUCAGGUAACUUGCAAGAAGCAGAAGCUCUAGUUCUGUCCAUGCCCAUCUCUCCAGAUGGUGGUGUUUGGGGUGCUAUAUUAAGUGCUUGCAAUAAUCACAAUCAAAUUGAGAUGGGAAUAAGGAUAGCUCAAUAUGCUGUUGACUCGGAUCCAGUAAAUGAUGGAUACUAUAUAACGCUGGCCAAUAUGUAUAGCUCUAUUGGUAAGUGGGAAGAAGCAGAAAAUGUCAGAAGGAUGAUGAUAGAGAGAUGCUCAAUAGGAAAGAAAGCUGGUUGGAGUAUGCUUUAAGCUAUGAGGCAUUUCUAGUGGUUAAAAGUUGUCUCUGAAGGCUAAACUGUGGAAAUGUCAAAGGACAGUUAGCUUGGCAACUUGGCACUGAUCUUGAACCUAAUGCAGUUAACCCAAAUGUUAAAUGGAUUGUCCAUGAUUAAUUUUGGCCCCAUAUUCUUGGCAUGCUUGCAGAGCUUACUAUUGGGUUAAGGCAGCUGACAGAAAUUCUCGUUGGGGAAGGCUUGUUGAUGGCUUUGAGGACCCCUUAAACCUGAGUCAAUUCCUGAGUAAAAUUAUACAAUACAAGAUGUAUAAGACGCUCAUACAUCAACUUCUUGUAGACACGUGAGACGAAGGCAAUGAGCACGGAUACAUUGGCUGUUUAUUUCAGAGGCAGAAAAUGCUAAAUCAAAAGCCUUUCCCAAGUCAAUGAAUCACAUGAAAGCAAACCAAGAGUAUGCCUGCAAUGGGAUAUGGUCUAUGGUCUUCAAGAACUGUUACACUUUGCUACAACAAGAAAGAAUAAUGAGUUAUUAAAGUGUCCAAUCCAAAACAAAUCUUGAAAUACAAGUCCAAAGUUGUUCAUAUAUCAAUACUCAUUCAAAGUUGAGAUGAAUACCUCAGCAUCGACGAGGUGUUUUCAGACCACAUUUAGCGGGCAAGGCCAAUGCAUUUUUUGGGUUGAUCCCAGCUGCAGGUAAUAGAGACUUGUAACUGCAAAGACAAGGCAGAUUGGCUUGCUUAAUGAUUGCACAACAUCUCUUCGUUGGCGGUGGCGGGUAUCUCCCAGUAAUCGCUGCACGGCACAAGUUCAGCCUAGAUGUUUCAACGUUACAUAUCACAACAGCUUGGGCACCACCCAACAAGGCAAUGAGCAGUGCUGCUACCAGCCACUUCACCAAAGCUUUGCCACUAGCCUGACCCAUACUUUCCUUAACCAGGUAGAACUCAGAAGCAGUGAAUUAGCUAGGUCUAGCUGAUAAUGUUCUCAUGUCUGAAUGUUAAUUUAUAGAGAAUUCUUAGUGUUGUGUUGGAACAUUUUGCCUUAGUUUAGUUUAGCAUCAAAAGUUCUCUUUGUUUUAGGUGUGUCAUGUGAAGCCAGACUGUAGAGAGGUUCACGAGAUGGGUUUACUUGAAAAUUAAAAGGAGGGAUCAUAAUCAUAAGCAAGCAAACAAACAAAACUUAAUCUGGCCCAUCACUUGCUAACAAACAAAAAUGGGUUAUUUUGUUUGAGAGUCACCAAGCAACUUAAUUAUUCUUUAUGUCUUCCUGCAAUAGUUUGCUCUUGUUAGGUUUUCAUGGUCAGAGAUUGCUUGCUUACUGGAUGCUAGCUAGCCCGUGAAAGCAUAUUACUGAAUUAGAAAAAGGAAUCGUUUUGUUUUGAAGUGAAGCUAGCAGAUUAACAAUGCAAAGCUAUUUGUUGUAUUACUAGGCCCCCGGAAUUGCUGGAAUGAUUGGACACGCGAAUGAAAAUGAGUAUGAAUUUGGUUGAACAAAA